AUGGAGGAUUGUGAUGGGGGACUGGUGAGAUUCGGUAAUGAUGUUCCCUAUACGGUAAAAGGGGAUUGCCAUAAUGAGCAUGGAGUAGAGGGGAUGUGUCUUGAAGGAGCCAUAAAAAAUUAUACUUCUCAACUUGUGACUUAUGAUCAUAAAUCUCAUGGAAAGCCCUAUAAUUUAACUGAAGCUUUAUUGUUUUUGUCUCAUUUUAUGGGAGAUAUUCAUCAGCCUUUACAUGUGGGAUUCACUUCAGAUAGAGGUGGAAAUUCAAUAAAACUAUACUGGUAUCGUCGAAAGAGUAAUUUACAUCAUAUUUGGGAUAGUGGGAUCAUUGAGACAGCCAUGAAAGAUUUUUAUGACAAUGAUCUUGAAGCUAUGAUAGAAGAUAUUCAAACCAAUAUUACUGAAAUUUGGUCAAAUGAUGUAACUACAUGGGAAGAGUGUCACACGGAUGAAACUUCUUGCCCUAAAUUAUAUGCAGAUGAGAGUAUCAUUCUUGCUUGCAAGUGGGCUUACCAAGAUGUUGAGGAAGAUGAUAUCUUGGAAGAUGACUAUUUUCUCUCACGUCUACCCAUUAUUGAGAAUCAACUUGCAAAAGGAGGCAUAAGAUUGGCUGCAACACUCAACCUUAUCUUUGAUUCAAAACAAGACUACACUCUACAUUCAGAAUUUCUUGCUUGCACAGAACCCAUUGCCAGUGAUACAGACCUGAAAGGAGAGAAUUUAGAGGUCUUAAAGGAAAGGGUGUUUAAAGCAAUUGACAGUUCUUUUGGUUUAGAAAUGCUAAGUAGUGGCCUCGUAGAGCCGGCAGCCUUUCCUCCUGCUACUCAGAUACUGGCAGUGCAGCACAAGGAUGUGGUUGUUAGGCUUUUCACUCAAACUCUUACCAAGGGAGUAGCAGAUUGGUUCAGUCAUCUGCAGGUAGGAUAUGUAACUGAUUGGCAAACAAUGAAAACUGCUUUUGAGAAAUGGUUUAAGAGUACUGAUGAUGAGCACUCACUUUUGGCUCAGCUCACACAAAUGAUGAAAGAGAUCCACUAG